GGCUCAGAUCAGUUCCGUGAGAAAUCAUCUGAAGCUACAAGACAGCAGGACACCUUUUCAUCUGGAAGCAACAUCUGGGACUUGAGUUUGAUGUUUUACAAGGUUUUACAGACAAGCUAUAACCAUGCCUUGGGAACUUUUUAGCUUUACUUGAACUUUUUGGAGGACAAACAGAUUUUCAAAAAGUAAGAGCUACUAAGUUUUUGUUUAAGUGAGCAGAUGUGUAGUUAGGUAAACCUAACUGGGAUUAUUUGUGUGAAGUUUAUUAAGGAUUGAAGAUUAUUUAUUUGAUUUCUGGGAGAUCCUUUGACCUUGCUGCAGAAUGAUGGGGAAUGCUGGAAUACCGAUUUGUUCUCUGAAAUCACUAUUAUGAGUCAUGGAGGAAAACAGUACUUUUCUAACUCCACAGUACAAUGACAGCACCUCUGCAUGGGCUCCAGUGCCCUCUGUUCCCAGCAGACAGCUGGGCACCCUUCCCAACCUUCAGACACGCUUCAAGGACCUGACAGGGAUGUUUUUCAUGGUGACCCUGAAUGUUCUGGCACUGCUGGCCAACACUGCUGUUCUGGUGGUUGUCAUCAAAGCUCCUCAUCUCAGGAAAUUUGCCUUUGUGUGUCAUCUCUGUGCUGUGGACCUACUAUGUGCCAUCUUGCUCAUGCCUCUUGGCAUUGUGUCCAGCUCCCCGUACUUUGCUGGUGUGGUUUUUACUGUGCUGGAGUGCCAGGUCUACGUUUUCCUCAAUGUGACCCUAAUAGCUGCCUCUAUAUUCACAAUCACAGCCAUCAGUGUGGAGCGUUACUACUACAUUGUCCAUCCCAUGCGCUAUGAGGUCAAGAUGACGCUAAAGCUCACUGCAGCUGUUAUGGUGAUGGUGUGGGUGGCUUCUGCUGUGCUGGGGUUGUCCACUGUGUUUGGAUGGCCGUCUUAUGGCAGCCUGAACUCCAUCAGUGCUGCUCACUGCUCACUUCACUGGAGCAGCAGUGAGCACAGACGUAUUUUCUCUGUGCUCUUCAGUGUUACCUGUUUCUGUUUGCCAGCUGCAGUGAUUUUUGCUGUCUACUGUAACGUGUACAAGGUGGCUCGCGUGGCAGCCCGGCAGCAUGGACCUUUGCCUUCCUGGACGAACAGUCAGCUGAAGCAUCGCUCUGACUCUAUAAACAGCCAAACCACCAUAAUCACAACUCGCAACGCUCCUCGUAGGAUUGCACGUGACCGGCCUUUUGGUGGGGGUAAAGCUGCGCUCACUCUUGUGGUCAUUGUUGGCCAGUUUCUAAUCUGCUGGCUGCCUUACUUUGCUUUCCAUCUCCACUUGAUACUAGAUGCAACACCUAACAUCUCUGAUGAUCUGGAGGAAGCAGUCACCUGGCUGGCCUAUUCCUCCUUUGCUAUCAACCCUUUUUUCUAUGGGCUUCUUAACCGGCAGAUCAGGGAGGAGCUUUAUAAGCUCAGGCGCUGCUACUCAGCCCGGCCGAUGAUGCUGGCUGCUUCCAGCCAUGAAGGUUCGGUUCAUGAGAAUUUCUUGCAGUUUCUCCACAGGACCAGUUGCACCAUAGAGACGCAUGCUAGCUUUGCCACUUCCAGUCCUAGAAAUACUCUGGAUCAAACUGGACAAACUAGUUUCAGGAUACCAGGGCAGAUCCCAGAAGAGUUUAACUAAAUAUACCUCACUGUUGUGCCUCAGCACUAGCUGUCAGCAGAAUAUAAGACUGAAUAGGGGAUAACAUUACAUAAUUCCUGUCAGCAGUGCACUGUAAGUUUUGCAUUCAGUAAAAAUAAAUGAGUUUAGUCUUUGAAACUUUAUACUUUUUAUCCACAAAGGCUUACAGACCUCUUAAAAUGGUCAUAGUAAAGCUACUAGUAAAGAAUUACAAAGGUACUGAAGUUUGUUUUCUGCUGUCAACAUAUUUAAUUUAUUAAAAUGUAAUUAACUUAAAUAUUAGAUUUUUACUUGAAAAUACAGAAUCAGUCAACAGAGCAACAUGUAAAAAUUAUUUUAGAAAUUAGAUUUAUUAUA